UUAGAGGUUAUUUUCCGUUGAUACAUUGACUUACUUGUUUACUUACUGCGGAAGAUAGAAGAUGUAUCGAGCGCACUACACUGUCCUCAUAUGUCUUGGAUUGUUUGUAGCCUUGAUAAAAGGAAGCAUUCGUCUGAUGGACGGAAUAAACGAAUUCCAAGGCCGAUUGGAAGUUUACGAGGAGGGAAGUUGGGGGACUGUUUGUAACAACGGAUGGAAUCGCCAUGCCGGGAAUGUCGCCGUUGUAUGCAGACAGCUUGGUUUUGCAACUGGCAGAUAUUUUAGUAAAUACAAGAGAAAUAAAAAAACGUUUCGGAUUGACAAUGUGAUUUGCGAUGGAAGUGAGGGAAGAAUUGGUGCCUGCCAAUAUGACGUCCUCGAGUCUACAAAUUGUGCAGGACGCGAUGACUACGAAGUGAACAUUAUAUGUGAACGACCAACCUAUAUUGCAAAACCGAAUUCAGGUGACAUAAGACUGAUGAACGGAAAAGAUGCAUUCGAAGGAAGGGUAGAAAUAUACUUAGAAAGCAAUUGGCUUUCGGUUUGUCAGAACGGCUGGAGAGCAGUGGAUGCAAGGGUUGCAUGCAAGCAGCUUGGUUACAACGGGGGAAUAGCUAGAAAUAAUGCCUUUUUUGGUCAAGGUUACGACGGCGCUCUAUGGAGAGUAGCGUUGAAUUGUGACAAUACUGAGGAUAGAUUAAUAGAUUGUAAAAGACUGGCAGCCGUCUGUAGCCGACGUAAUAUAGCAGGUGUUAUAUGUGAAGCCCCAGUUCCAUAUGAAGCGUCAUGUGAGCCUGACGAACAGUGUGAAGGGAACUCCACCUGUGUUUUAUCCAAAGGGAGACAACUGUGUCAGUGUUUAGAUGAAACAACAAUGUUCUGGGACAGUGCAGUAUCAGCUUGCAAAAUCAAAUCGAGUUUCAAUGAGUCCUGUCAACCUGCUAACUCACGCCAAUGUUCAAACACACUCAUUUGUAACACACAUGGAGAUACAAGCACAUGUCUAUGUUUAAAUGAUAUGUUUUGGGACGACAGACAGGGUAAAUGUAAAGAAAAAUUUCAAUACAACAAGACAUGUUACGCCAACGCCUCUGACAGUUGUAUAGGAAACCUUGUAUGCAGUCAGACUCACAAUAAAAGUACAUGUCAGUGUUAUAACCAGAAUAAGAUGUUUUGGGACUUUUCAUCGUCAGCAUGUAAGAUAAGAUCGCUUCAUAACGAGUCUUGUUUUGAAGACAUCCCUGACAGUUGUGCGAGUAACCUGGUGUGUACACCUCAGAACAAUAACGGCACGUGUCAGUGUGAGAACGAGGAAAGCCUGUUCUGGGAUCAUUCAAUGUCCUCAUGUCAGACAAAAAUAUCAUACAAUGACAUGUGUUCGGCAUCAGGGGACUGCCAAAGUAACUUGUUGUGUCGGAAGGAAUUCGGUAUGAACAGAUGCCUCUGUCCUGAACAAGUCUACCCUGUAUGGCACGUUGAUGACAAUCGUUGCUUCGCAGUGGACCAGCUGAAUGCGGUGUACAUCAAAUUACAACUGACUUACAAUGAUGCAUUAACAUAUUGUGUUAACGAAAUCAAUGGAAGCUUGGCAACAUGGAGCAACUCUCAAAUGUUGUUUGAAAACUGUACGGAUUCCAUUGCAGAUAUUUGGUCCCAAACAACACCCGUUCAUCAAAAAGAAAUGCCGCACAGUAACUCAACUUGUCAGCUAGCAAGAGGAAAUCAUUUAUACAACACCAGCUGUACCGAUACUAUUAAUUUUGUUUGCAUAUAUAAACGUCACGGCACUGAUGAAGAAUACUGUAAGGAUUUCCCAUCACAGACAGUGUUUUCUAAAAGUCUUACAAUAUCCCGUUCUGCGGUCAUAUGGACGAUAGUUGUUAUAGCCGCCAUUCUCCUGUCAACUGGCAUUACAAUAUCUGCUGUUAUAUACAGAAGAAAACGGAAAUGGGAAGCCAACAACAAUUCCUCAAAUUCUGGACUACAGACAUUUCUCAACAAUGCAUACGACACUAAUAUGCCAUUCAUUGAGAAUCCAUACAUGGAAAUUCGUCCAAUAAAUGAACCAGAUUACGCUAACGUUAUAAGUAAGUGUGGCGCAAUAGAAGAGACGCAAGUCAAGAUUAACCAGGGGAAUAGUAAGUGUGGCGCAAUAGAAGAGACGCAAGUCAAGAUUAACCAGGGGAAUAAGUACACGAAGGUUAAGAGUACAUCUACAGGAUACAUAGAUAUGACUGGCAAGCUAACUUCCCCGUCUAGUAAUACAACAGACGAUGGAUGCAGCCAGCAUACAUGUACUGCGACACCAAGUGGUCAUUACAUCCGGUGUAAGCCAUCUACGAGUAAAGAGGAAGCACGCGAUGGAGGCUAUACCCUGUGUAGUCGGCCAGAGGCGCCACCCGGUGUUUACAAUACGUUUGCUGAUAUGAAAAAAGCAUCUGUUGAUCAUAUAAAUGAGAACCCGUAUGACGAUACGCACACAAUGAGAAAUAACGGUUAUGAUGUAUUUAAUGGACAAAAGGGAGCAGCUCUAAACGAAACACAUGACGAUAUAUCUGAAAAUAUAAAUUCACCAGGUUUUCCAGUUUAGAGGUAGAAACUCUAUUCAUUGAUUUACAUGCCCAAUUUGAUGUAAUUAUUGUUAACCGAUACCUUGCCUUGAGUUUGUAAUCACAAUGUUUUUUGUUUUUUUUUAUUAAAGUUUAAUUGUUA